UUCAAUAUAUUCUUUAUAUUUCUCUGGUUUUAUCAGUUGUACACUCACAGCAAUAUCAGCAGUACAGAGACCAAGUGUACAGGAACCAAGUGUACAGGAACCAAGUGUACAGGAACCAAGUGUACAGGAACCAAGUGUACAGGAAACAAGUGUACAGUGACCAAGUGUACAGACUAGAUGUACAGAAUGAAAAUCAAGUUCAGGGUCUAAAAUUACUAAGCUUGGGAGGAAUGGACUUCUGGACAAGGAUUGGUCUGGGGUCUGUGGAUGUUCGAGUUAAAAGUUUUGAAAAAGAAAUUAUUGAUAAAGAGAUUGAAGCACUUGGAAUACAAUACAUUAUUUUGAUAAAGGAUUUAGAUGAAUUAAUUCAAGACUCCUACUCUUGGGUAGCAUCCAAAAAUAAUAGAACUAUCUCUGAACAUAAUAUGGAUUGGGAAACCUACCAUCCUUUAGAGGAUAUGCAUAGUUACAUGGACUAUCUUGCAAACUCUUUUGACUUUGUAUCCGUAGAGUCUAUUGGACUUUCAUAUGAAGGUAGAGACAUGAAGGUAUUGGCUGUCUGCAGAGGAGGGUGUGGAGAUAAACCAGCAAUUUGGAUUGAUGGAGGUAUACAUCCCAGAGAGUGGGUUUCACCAGCGGUUGUCACCUAUAUGAUGCUAGAACUCAUUGAGUUAGAUGUAGAACACCCGCAACUAACCCAGUAUUUGGAUUGGUAUUUUCUGCCCUCUAUGAACCCUGAUGGGUAUGCAUACACUCUUCAAGUAGAUAGAAUGUGGAAGAAAACCAGAUCGCCCAGUGUUGGAGGUUGUUUUGGAGUAGAUUCAAAUAGAAAUUGGAAUUAUAAAUGGAACAAUGGUGAACUGGGAGCAUCCAAUGAUCCCUGUACUGAUACAUACAUGGGUACAGAGGCAUUUUCUGAGAUUGAAAAUCGAAACGUGAGAGAUUUCAUCUUGGAUCGUAAAGACCAAAUUAAAUUUUUUAAUACAAUUCACUCAUACAGUCAAAUGAUUUUACUACCAUGGGGAUUCACAAGAGAACAGCCAAACAACUACGACAAUAUGGAGGCCCUUGCAAAUACAGCUGUGGCUGAACUGACGGCUGUUCAUGGAAGUAAUUACACUGUUGGUUGCUUUGCUUGCCAAUUAUUUAUUGCUAGUGGAGGGAAUCUGGACUGGGCGCUGGGAGAAGCACAGAUUCCUUACAGUUUUGGAAUGGAACUAAGAGAUACAGGAGAAUAUGCUUUCCUCCUUCCUCCUUCGGAGAUAUUACCAACUGGUGAAGAGACUUGGGCUUUCCAUGCAGAGGCAGCUAGAGAAAUCAUUAAAGAGUUUGUAAUCAACCAUAUAGCAGGGGAGGCGGCAAAGGAAUCAGCAGUAAAUGUGGAACCUGUAAAUGAAGGAUUGAUGCCUCGGUUGAAGUAUAAUAUACCCUUCUCUGAACCAUCUAAUCCCAGAACUCCCAGUCCAGAAUUAGAACUCGGAGAGAAACUUGACUUUGAGGAAUCUGCACAGAUGGAUCCUGAGCCGGAGCAGCUAAACCUUGUUCAUGAAGUCGAGGAUGAAUCUGUAAUGGUAGAUACCGAGCAUCCUUCUACCCUCAACAUAGAGAUAGAGACUAAUGGCCGGAGAAUUACAGCUAUUGAGAAACAGUUUGAAGCUUACAACGAUAUGGAUCUCCCACUUGCUUGCGAUGUAUUUGGACCACAUCCCAGCCCAGUACGAGCACAAACAGAGCUAGAUAUGCUCCUUACUAUCAGAGCCAUGCAGAGAACCCGUAUAUUCUCCUUACAUCCAAGAUCUAAAAUAAUGAGCGCCAUCUUAUCUUCCUGUGUCGAGGGUAGGGACUAUGCUGGCAGUCAAGUUCUCCGACUAAAUAUUCAAAAUAAUCAACAAAUACAAUAUCUUCAACAGUUAGAGUCAAAUGGAGCUGACUUCUGGACACGGAUCCGUCCUGGAAAUGUUGAUUUGAGGGUUGAUUCUGCGGACAAAGAAUCUGUAUUGAGCAGCAUCAACAGUUUGAACAUCAAGUUCACAAUCAUAAUCGAGGACUUAAAAGCCCGAAUUGAGACAAGCAAAGCAUGGAUUAGUCCAUCAAACUCAACAAGAACAUAUGCUGGACAUAACAUGGACUGGAUCUCAUAUCAUGGAGAAGAGGACAUACAUGGUUUCAUGGAAUAUCUUGCGGAGACUUAUGACUUUGUGUCAAUAGAGUCCAUUGGAUUAUCAUAUGAAGGAAGAGAUAUGAAGGUUUUAAGUGUUUGCAAAGGAGGUUGCGGGAAUAAACCAGCAAUGUGGAUAGAUGGUGGAAUUCAUGCACGUGAAUGGAUUGCUCAAGCCACAGUUGCAUACACCAUGUUUGAUCUUGUAGAAAACUUUAUGGACCAUCCUCAACUAAUUGAUGAGUUAGAUUGGUAUAUCCUACCAAUACUGAAUCCAGAUGGGUAUGCUUACAGCAUUGAACAAGAUCGAAUGUGGAGAAAAACUCGAUCACCAUCGGGUAAUGGUUGUUUUGGAACUGAUGCCAACAGGAAUUUUGGUUGGCAUUGGAAUGACGGUGGGUCUUCUUCAAACCCUUGUUUUGAGACUUACAUGGGUUCAGAGGCGUUCUCUGAGAUAGAAUCAAGAAAUGUUCGAGACUUUGUUUGGGAGAGAAGAGACAAAAUAAAGUUUUUCAACUCUGUUCAUGCCUUCGGUCAACUGGUCUUAUUACCCUGGGGUUACACUACUGAGCCUAAUGAAAACUAUGAGGCCCAAAUGGCUCUAGCUCAUGAAGCAUAUGAUGAACUACAUAAUGUGCAUGGGACAUGGUAUAUGAUCGGUUGUGUGCCAUGCUUACUUUAUUAUGCAAGUGGAGAGAGUUAUGAUUGGGCGUUUGGUGAAGCAAAAAUACCCUACAGCUAUGGUAUGGAAUUAAGAGAAUUAGACGGACUUCAUGGAUUUCUCCUUCCCCCUGAACAAAUUCUACCAACAGGUGAAGAAACAUGGGCCUAUCAUGCCGCCGCUGGACGAGCAAUUAUCAGAGAGUUCGGAAGUAAAUAAGCUGUAAACUCUAAACAGU